AUUCCUAGUACAUAAUUGAGGAGAAAUGAAACAGAAACGGUGCAACUGAACAAGUGCUUUGUGAAGUCCAGAGUUCUGUGAAUUGUCUUUCAGCAGCGUAGAGGGAAUGACAGAGAUCUUGACAAGCAAUCAGGACCUUUUCGCGUGUCCGAUUUGUUUGGACAUUCUCAGAGAACCAGUGACUCUUCACUGUGGACACAAUUACUUACUGCAUGGGCUGCAUUAAGGGCUGCUGGGAUCAGGAAGAUCAGAAGGGAGUCUACAGUGCAGACACACGUUCACUCCAAGACCCGUUUUAAACAAAAAUAAUGUUUUUGCUGAGCUUGGAGCAGGUAAGGAAGACCAGAAUUCAACCUCUUGCUCCUGCUCCUGUUGAAUGUUAUACAGCUGGAGAUGUGGAUUGUGACGUCUGCACUGGGAGAAAACUCAAAGCUGUGAAGUCCUGUCUGGAGUGUCUGGUGUCUUACUGUGAAACUCACUAUAAAGCUCACAAUGAACUAAAUCCUGUACGAAAACACAAGAUAGUUGAUGCCACAGGCCAGCUACAGGAGAGGAUCUGCACCCAACAUGAGAAGCCUCUGGAAAUAUUUUGUCGUACGGACCAAAGUUGUGUUUGUUCGUUCUGUCUGGUUGAUGACCACAAAGGCCAUGACACUGUCAGUCUCUGCAGGGAAAAUGGAGAAACAGGCUGAAACCCAAAGGAGUUUACAGCAUAGAAUUCAGGAGAGAGAGAAGAAGCUGCAGGAGUUGAGGAAGACUGUGGAGACUCUCAGGCUCUGCACAGAGAGCAGUGGAGGACAGUGAGAGGAUCUUUACUGAGAUGAUCCGCACCAUUGAGAGAAGACGCUCUAAGAUGAAAGAGCUGAUCAGAGCUCAGGAGAAGGCUGAGGUGAGUCGGACUGAAGGACUCCUGAAACAACUGGAGCAGGAGAUUGCUGAGCUGAAGAGGACAGAUGCUGAGCAGCUUUCACACACAGAGGAUCACAUCCAUUUUCUCAUGGGACAGCUGGAGGAUUUCUGCAAAGAGGAAUUCAUGAAGAUCUCUGCAGCAGUGACUAAAGUCCAGGUUAUUUUGCCUUCUGAACCAACAACCAUAGAGGAAUUCCUACAAUACUCCUGUCACUUCACGCUGGAUCCAAACACAGCACACAGACAAUUCCAUCUGUCUGAGGGGAACAGAAGGGUGGAGAGGAGAGCCCAGUUCCAGUCAUAUCCUGAUCAUCCAGAGAGAUUUGAUGAGUGGUGGCAGGUGCUGUGUAGUGAGGGUGUGUCUGGACGCUGCUACUGGGAGGUUGAGUGGAGUGGGGUGGUUUAUAUAGCAGUGUCAUAUAAAAGCAUCAGCAGAAAAGGAGAGGGGGGUGAAUGUAAGUUUGGUUGUAAUGAUCAGUCCUGGAGGCUGAGACUCACCAGCUCUGGCUCCUCAUUCUGGCACAAUGAUAAAGAGACUGAACUCCCUCUAGUGGUCAGCUCCAAAAUAGGAGUGUAUGUGGAUCACAGGGCAGGAACUCUGGCCUUCUACAGUAUCUCUGACACAAUGACCCUCCUGCACAGAGUCCAGACCACAUUCACUCACACACUCUACCCUGGGUUUUGCCUACAUAAAAGAUCAUCAGUGCAGCUGUUGUGAGUAUUCUCAGUUGAGAAUUGGUCUGGUAUUAGCCAGGCGGUCCCUGCUGGCUGCAGUAUGAGGGGAACCAAAGACAAUAAAGAAAAGAGUAAGGAAGGGUAAGUAGAGUGGUCUAACAUAAAGGUCAAAGUUCAAACACUGACCCCUGUAUGGUGUCAGGUCGUAAUUCACUCACACAAUUAAUAAUUAAUGAAUAAAAAUGGGUUAUUAGUCUGUGCACCCACACAAUUUAAUAUAUCAUAUUUUAAUUUCUUCAUAUUGACCAAGAAAAUGAGUGAUGAAAAUAUUGUUUAAUAAUACUGAACUGUAUUGUUUAGGAAUUACUGAAUGUAAUCAGCUGUGGAUGUAAAGCCAGCUUCUGAUUGCCCUGCUUGUUUUUGCAGAAAUAAAAAAUAUGUUUGUUA